AUGGGUUUAGGGAAACUGGCAGCAGCAAUCCUGGGUGGCGUAGACCAGAUCCAUAUCAAGCCAGGGGCCAAGGUGCUCUACCUUGGGGCUGCAUCAGGCACCACUGUCUCCCACGUCUCUGACAUCGUAGGCCCGGAUGGUCUAGUUUAUGCAGUUGAGUUCUCCCACCACUCUGGCCAUGACCUCAUUAACUUGGCCAAGAAGAGGACCAACAUUAUUCCUGUUAUUGAAGAUGCUCGGCACCCACACAAAUACUGCAUGCUCAUUGCAAUGGUGGAUGUGAUCUUUGCCGACGUGGCCCAGCCAGACCAGACCCGGAUCGUAGCCCUGAACACCCACACUUUCCUUCGUAACGGAGGACACUUUGUGAUUUCUAUUAAGGCCAACUGCAUUGACUCCACGGCCUCUGCUGCCAGCUUGGAGCGGAAGGGGUUCCAGGCACGGUACUCGAUUUUGUCGUCUCCCUCCACAAUUGAGACUCUCUUCUCUCCAUAA